CUCGCUCGCCAGACGGCGGUUUAGUACGGAGCAAUUUUAAUCUACCAAUGAGGGUAGAAAGAUCUCGCCGCUCGAUUUCGUCGUACCUGCAGAUCUCCAUAAACAAGGCCAAGAAAACCAGAGCAGGCCUCACCUCUGCUCUGAAUCUCAGUACCUGCCUGCCUGUCUCCUCUGCUCUGCCCUGAAUCUUCACCAAUCCCGGGGCGCCCUCUGCCGACAUCUCCAGUCCAGGAUGGGCUGCCUCCACCGGCCGCUCGGCGGCACGUCCAGUGAUGAUCUGCCGUUCGUGCGGAGAUUCAAACCGAGGGAGAUCGAGGCCGCCACCAGCGGCUUCAGCACGGCCCUCGAGACGGGCGGGCCUCGCGGCACGGCCUACCGCGCACGCUUCGCCGACGGCCUCGUCGCCACGGUGCGGCGUGUGGCCGGCGGCGACAGGGACCACGACCACCAGGAGCAGGACGGCGCAUUCUACCGGGAGCUGCAGCUGCUCGGACGCCUCAACCACCGCCACGUCGUCAGGCUCCGCGGCUUCUCGGAAGGACACAACAGGUUUCUGGUGUUUGAUCAGAUGGAGAACAGAAGCCUCAAGGAAUGCCUACAUGACCCUCUGAGGACGCCACUCAACUGGAGGACCAGGUUGCAGGUUGCCAUAGAUGUCGCAGCAGCACUGGAGUAUCUCUACUACUUCUGCGACCCUCCGGUGUUCCAUGUGACGGUGAAUUCGAGCAGCGUGAUGAUGGAUGCCGAUUUCGUCGCCAAGCUAUCGGACGUCAGUGUCGUUGCUCACGAGUCCACGCAAGAAUCCGAAGAGCGAAUUCAGCAGAGGAGGACGGAGCUGGUGUUCCAGUACGGCGUGCUGCUCCUGGAGCUCGUGACCGGACAGUCGCCGGGCGGCGGCGACGGCGAGCUUGUGCGGUGGGUGCAGGAGCCCGGGUUCGCCGGAUCCAUGCAGAAGAUGGUGGACGCGGAUCUCGGUGGCAUUUACGACGCCGGGGAGCUCCGGGACCUCGUCAUCGUCGCGAGGCUAUGUACUAGGCCCGGCAAUGGUUCCGCCGUGGUCUCCAUCCCGCAGGUGCUCCGUUACUUGCAGGGAAAGGUGGAUGGGAAAAACAGAUGACCAUAAUCAUUGUGUCGCACGCGAUUGCAUCAUCUUUCUCCUUCUGUAUUCUCCAUUGCUUGCAGAUAACAUCUUUACUUUAUCUUUUGAGGGUGAACGCAACGCAAUGUAUGUACUCCUGUACACAUCGAGUAUAUUUUAUGGCAUCGGAUCUGAAGAGUGAA